AUGGGCUGUGUCUCCAGCUUCUACGAUCGCCUUGAACAGGAUGGAAGCGAAGCGAUAAACGCACAGAUCCAAGAAGAAUUUAAUGUUCUCCUCUCUCUUUCGUGCUUCUACAUGAAAUUGGACAAAAAAAAUCGUUAUUGGCAGACGUCACUUUGCUUUGCCAUAUUUUUUUUCUUGACGUACCACUUGGUUCAAUUUAUGAUAACAGCAUACCUGGCCAAGGAUCAGUUGGUGACUUUAGCCUUUUCGUUGUCAAUUGCGAUCACAUAUUUAUUCUCUACCUUGCUAGCAGUUCUUGUCAUUAGUUCUCGACGUGAUUUGAACAAGUUUAUAAGACGAUGCAUAAGCAAUUUCUAUGAAUAUAAAAACGAGGAUGCUACGGAUGAUGCUGAACGACUACGGUCAAGGGGUAAAAAGGAACGAAUCGCCUUACUCAUCGGUGGUCCGAUUAGCGUCGGUCUUUGCAUUUUGUUCGUCCUGUUUAUGACCCCUUUGGUCGACAAGUAUUCACCAGUGAAAUUGUCCUUAGAAGAUAUCCCGAAAAGCAUUAACGUACAAUUGCCCGUAGCCGUCUGGCUUCCUGUCCAAGUAGAAGACACGACCACGAUUUACGCCCUGUCACUCCUACAGAUCAUCGCAGCCCUCCCGAUCGGUGUCACCAUGCCAGCCGCUAUUAGCACAUACAUGUUUUGCGUCCAGCAAAUUACCAUCCAGAUGGAGUUGCUCAACGAUUCCCUUGUUCGGCUGGAAACGAGAGCUAAUCGACUAAUGAAAAUUCUCUUCCCUUACGCCAAACUUGGACAUCUCACAAAACGACACCCUUACUUCCAGUACUGCGUCAAAGAAUGUUUGAAGGAGAAUGUCAAACAUCACCAAUCGAUUCUACUGGGUUUUGACGAAUCAUUUGCCAUUAUAAACAAGCCUCUAUUUUGCUGUAAUUACUUGAUGACGCUGAUGAUUGCCGUGAGCCUUACAGGUACCAUAAGUUCUUCCGCUACUUACGGUUUCAAAGUCGUCAGUGCGCUUAUGUUCAUUGUCGAACUGGCCGCGUUGAGUAUUAUCCAUUUUUACGGGCAGAAACUAAUGAACCUAAGUCAGGUUCUAAGAGAAAGGCUUUACGAAACCAACUGGACGUCAUACAACAGCAGUAUUAGAUCAAUGUUAGUGAUUAUGCUCGAAAGAACGAAGCGUCCUCUUGCGAUCAAUCCACUAGGCUUGACAUCCAUCAAAUGGGAAACAUUUGCCGCGAUAUGUAAUUCUGCAUACACAUACACUAAUUUGAUGAUGGCAUUGGAGGCAUAAUAACUUUGAAAUUCAAGCAAGGUGCACAAUCGCUUGGAUGUAGUAUUAACCAACAAAAUAAAUAAACGAUAACAAAAAUAACGCAGAGCACAA